CAUUAGUAUAGUAAUUUAUGAUUACUCAUUAUUUUACUAUUAAAAAAUAAACGUACAAAUGUACAAUGUACGUUAUGCUCAAAGGUACAAUAACAAUACUGUCGUUGAUARUGUCGUGGCUCCGUCUUUUUCACAUCGAAUUAUGAUUAAUAAUGUAUACCAUUAGACCAUACCAGUUUCAUUUUAUUUACACGUAACUGCAUAUCAUAAUCAAUUUUAUAUAAUUUAACACUAAACAUAAAAUGACCGACGAUUUGUGCAAUAUUGAUUCGUGGGGUUUGCCUGACCAAAUCGUAGAAAACUACAAAAGACGAGGAAUUGUAUCAAUGUUUCCGUGGCAAGUGGAAUGUUUAACUAGUGAUGGUGUUUUGGAUGGUCGCAAUCUUGUGUACUCGGCACCUACAUCAGCUGGAAAAACUAUGGUUGCUGAAUUAUUAACAAUGCAGACAGUACUUGAAAGAGAUAAAAAAGUUUUAAUAAUUCUUCCAUUUGUAUCAGUUGUACGAGAAAAAAUGUUGUAUUUUCAAGAAUUAUUUGAAGGAACAAACAAAAGAGUUGCUGGAUUUAUGGGCAGUUAUACUCCGUCUGGUGGAUUACGUUCUGUAAAUGUUGCUAUUGCUACUAUUGAAAAAGCUAAUGGUAUAAUAAAUCGCCUGAUUGAGGAGGAUGGACUGCAAGAUGUCGGUUGUAUAGUUGUAGAUGAACUACAUAUGCUAGGAGAUUCAAAUAGAGGCUACCUACUAGAACUAUUGCUAACAAAGAUUAAAUACAUGUCUAAAAUAAAAAGUAAUUUAUCAAUUCAAAUUGUUGGCAUGUCUGCUACAUUACCGAAUUUAAACAUUCUUGCAAAAUGGUUAGAUGCUACACUAUAUCAUACAGAUUUUCGUCCAGUUCCUUUAAAAGAAUAUUUAAAAAUUGGAAAAAAUGUAUAUAAUGCCAACAAUCUUUCUUUAAGUCACAMAAUUGAACCCAGUAUUGAAAUUAAAAAUGAUCCAGAUAAUAUAAAAUAUUUGUGUAUUGAUACAAUUCUUCAAGGRUAUUCAAUAYUAAUAUUCUGUUUUACAAAAAAAUGGUGCGAAACUUUAGCUCUUGAAAUUGCAUCUGAAAUUAAACGUUUAGGUGGAGRUAAUACAUCAAAAAUUGGAAUUGAAUUACGAAAUCAAUUAAAUGGUGAAAAUCUAGGAGAUGUGUUGGAGCAGCUUAGAAGGUGUCCCGUUGGUCUUGAAACUGAUUUAAAUAAAACUAUUUCGUUUGGUGUUGCUUUUCAUCAUGCAGGUCUUACAAUGGACGAAAGGGACAUAAUCGAAGGUGCAUUCAAACAAAAUAUAGUAAGAGUAUUAAUUGCCACAUCAACUUUAUCCUCUGGUGUAAAUUUGCCUGCAAGAAGAGUGAUUGUGAGAUCACCUCAUUGUCAUGGAUUUCCUAUUGAUAUUUUACAGUAUCGACAGAUGAUUGGACGCGCUGGUCGUAUGGGUGUUGAUACUGCUGGAGAAAGUUAUUUAUUAUGUAAUGAGAAUGAUCGGCGUAUGGGCGAAGAAAUAGCAACUCAAAACCUUCCUCCAAUUAAAAGUUGUUUAGGAGUGGGAGAUUUUUCUAGUUGUUUAAAACGAGCACUGUUAGAAGUAGUUGCUGGUUGUGUUGUUUGUAAUACUGAAGAAGCUUUUGAGUAUAUUAAGUGUACUUUACUUUAUAUAUCAAAUGGUGAAAACUUGAAUGAAACUCCAAUCAAUGAGUGUCUAAAAUUAUUAAUUGAAAAUCAAUUUGUACGAGAAAGUGACAAUAAACUAGCUCCYACUAAUCUAGGUCAAGCAUGUCUUGCAGCAUCUGUUACACCUGAAAUUGGUUUAAAACUGAUCAAAGAGUUAGAUAGAGCAAGACAAAAUUUUGUCCUUGACUCUGAACUUCAUUUACUUUACUUAAUUACACCAUAUUCUGUAAGUGAUCAGAUUGGACAUUUGGAUUGGUUUAGAGUUCUUCAUGUGUGGGAAAAAUUACCACAUUCUAUGCGCAAAGUAGGAGAUAUGAUCGGUAUUGAAGAAGGAUUUAUUGUUAAAGCUAUGACUGGAACCAGUUUUAGUACAUCUUCAGAUAAACAUAAAUUAGCUGUUCAUAGAAGAUUCUAUACAACACUACUAUUACACGAUUUAAUAAAUGAGAUUCCCAUUAACACUGUAGUUUUAAAGUAUGGUACAUCUAAAGGUCUUCUGCAAAGUCUCCAGCAAUCAGCUUCAACUUUUGCUGGUAUGGUAACACAGUUCUGUAAGAGACUUGGUUGGUCAUCCUUAGAAUUAUUAAUAUCACAGUUUUCUGAGAGACUACAGUUUGGUGUACAGAGGCAACUUGUUGAAUUGUUACGAUUGGACUGUUUGAACUCUAUCACUGCCCGGACAUUGUAUAAUGCAGGAAUACAAAACAUUCCUGAAUUAGCAUUAGCCGAUUUACGACUAGUGCAGCGUACUCUUACCAAGGCAAUUCCAUAUCAAAGUAACAUAAAUAAUAAUAAUACCAAUGAUGAUGACAAACGAAAAAACAUUUGGUUGGCUGGACGUUUUGCCCUUAACGAAAAGGAAGCUGCUAUAUUUAUCAUAAAUGAAGCAAGGCAUCUUUUAAAAAGAGAACUGGGCCUUAAAUCAGCAUGUUGGGUUGAUGAUAACAAUGAAGAAGAAGAUUUAGAUACAUCUGUGAAGAUACGUCCUACAUCAAGAGAUGUUACAAUCAUUGAAAAUAGUCAAGAAAGCAACAAAUCAAUGAAAUCUUUGGUGAAUGUUUCUGUUCAAAAUUUAUCAAAUUCACCAAGAAGUGUUGAGUUAUUUGAUGAAUCUGAUUGUGCAAAAGAUAUAUCAGAAGAAAUAACUAAUAAAGAUUAUAAGCGAGAAAGUUUGGAUCUUUUUGAAGGAUCAUUUGAACAUACUAAAUUUAGUAUUACUGUAAAUGUUAGUCAAAAAUAUAACUCAGAUAAUCUUAGUAACAAAUCAAUAAGUGAUUCAUAUUUAGCAGAGUUAAUUAACAUCAAGACACCCAAAGAAUUAGAAGAGAAAUGGGAUUGUAAUAACGGAGGAGAAAUUAUUUUGGAAAUGAGUCAAAGAGAUUUUGGGACUAAAAAGCGAAAAAGAGAAGAAGACRGUCAUACAGAAAACGACCAUUUAAAUGAUAUUUUUAUAGAACCUCGUCCAAAAUAUAAAAAAACUGAGGAACCUUCAACAAGUUACAGUAAACCUGAGAUAAAUAACUCUUUUGAAAGCACAAUGUUUCCAGAUUCAAUAAGAAUUGAUACACAACUUGAUCAACUAUUGAAUGCCAAUGGCAAAACAAAUAUAAAUUCAAACAUAGUAUCCACCGAAAUGAGUGAAAGUGUAAUGCACCUAGCAUUUCAAAAUUCUUUUAAUUCAAUGUCAAAUACGAUAAUAUCUCCAAAGAAAAGUAAUGUUGUUAUGACAUGUAAAGAUUUAGUUAUAUCCGAUUCUGAAGACAUGAUUGCUGGUUCCCAAGAUACUUCAUCCAGUGGACCGUCUCCUCGCAAGUAUGAUAAUGUGGUAGCUACAUAUACCAGGGGUGGCCAAUUUGCGACUCUUGUCAUUGUUCAAUGGAAUUUAAACUUCCAAGGCAAAAUACAUACUGAUGAUGCGGUUUUUAACGCAUUUAUCACUCAUAAAUUAAUGUCAACUUUAAGACAUCAACUUAAACAAAUAUAUAUUUACAAAACAUUCAAAGAUAUAGAGAUGCCUAUACAAAUUAUAUUGGCAAAAAUGGAACUUUAUGGUUUUGGUUUAAACAGAGAAUAUUUGGUAGAGUUAAAUGAUACAGUAAAUAAGCUAAUGGCCAACAUUUCUGAACAAGGGUUUGAACAAUCUGGAACCAGGUUUAACAUGCAAUCCACAUUAGAAUGGGCCAAAGUAAAAAAAAAAUUGAAAUUAACUGAUAGUUCUCCGCAUUUACUAGUCGAGUUGGUAAAAAAUUGGCGAAAAUUAAGUUGUCUUAGAAAUAACCAUAUCAAUACGUAUUUAGCCAUACGGAAUAAUCGUGUGUAUUGUGACAGCAAUACAUAUUCUAAUACAGGUAGAAUAAGUAUGCAUGAACCCAAUUUACAAAAUAUACCUAAAGACUAUGUAAUUGAGAAUGAUAUAUUGAGUUUGAGAUCAGCGUUUGUGCCAAAAUCAGAUCAAACAUUGGUAUCUGUAGAUUUUUGUCAAAUUGAAUUACGCAUACUCGCUCAUUUAUCCAAAGACUCAAUAUUGUUAUCUGCUCUUACAUCUCCUGGUGAUGUCUUUAUAAAUUUAUCGUCUAAAUGGCAUAAUAUACCAAAGAUUGAGGUUUCUGAUGAACUCAGGCAAAAAACCAAACAAGUUUGUUAUGGUAUGUUGUACGGCAUGGGUGCAGUAACUCUAAGCGAAACUUUGAAUAUUACUCAAGAUGAAGCACAUAAACUAAUAUCAGAAUUUAAAAACACGUUUCCUGGUGUCAACAAAUAUUUCAAUGAAUGUGUAAUACAAUGUAGGUCAAUGGGGUUGGUAAAGACAUUGAGUGGACGAAUCAGACAUUUCCCAGAUAUCAAUAGCGAUGUACUAAAAAUCAAAUCUCAAGUKGAACGUCAAGCAAUUAAUACAAUUAUUCAAGGAAGUGCUGCUGAUGUCACAAAAAUGGCUAUGAUUAAAGUUGAUAAAAUUAUCAACCAAGGUGUUCUCAAUACACGUGUACAUUUAGUUAUGCAUUUGCACGAUGAAUUAAUUUUUGAUGUUGAAAACAUAGUUCUUGAUGAAGCUUGUUCAAAAAUUAUUAAAACAAUGGAGACUGCAGUUAAUUUAUGUGUACCUUUGCCAGUAAAAUUGAGAAGGUGGCCGCUUUGGACACCUUUCCUCUACUAUUUGGAGGUUGGAGGAUACCCGUUGGAGAUUGCUGCUCAUCUGUUCUCAGACGCCCUGAUGAUCAAUUGGGACUCUGAUCCAUCCCCAGAUGUAUAUAAUAUCUUUGACUUGGUAGACCAGGAAACAGACGAACUAGUAUUCACACGUCCGCUCCCGGAGUUAACGACUGAAGAGCUCCUCACAGCGAUUAAACGUCUCUCUGCGGGCAAGGCUGGAGGCCCAUCGGGGAUCCUCAAUGAAGUGCUGAGGCGCAAGGUUGCAGCCAUUCCCAACCAAUUCAAGGAGACGUACAACAGAUGUCUUCGGGUGACGUGUUUCCCUGCUUGCUGGAAGARGGCAAAACUGGUGCUACUACACAAGGGUCCAGGGAAACCCAUAGAUGUCCUUUCCAGCUACCGGCUGAUAUGCCUCUUAGAUACCCCAUGCAAASUGUUAGAGAGACUGCUUGUUCAAAGACUAGAGAGCCAUUUUGACGCCCAAGCGACGAGGAGAGCCCCAAUUCARUUUGACUUCAGGAGAGGUAUCUCUACAAAAACGGCCAUCGCAUCCRCCCUCGAGAUCGCAUUUGCAAGCACAGCUGCGACCCKAGGGCGUACAAAGGACCUCUGUGUGCUCGUAACACUGGAUAUAAGAAAUGCUUUUAACACGCUCCGAUGGACUGUUAUUGACGCAGCUCUCAGGRAGAAGUCUACGCCUGAGUACCUCGUCUCGAUGUCGCGGUCCUGRCUGUUAGAGCGCGUAUUAUUGGUGGACGAUGCGGACUCUUUCAGAUCAGUGACCUGUGAUGUUUCUCAGGACUCAGUAUUAGGGCCAAUCCUUUUAAAUGCUGCCUAUGAUGACCUUUUGAUGAUGCCAGUACCCGCAGGUGUUUAUCUGGUAGGGUUCGCUGAUGAUCUGGCCGUUGUUGGUGUGGUGAGAACGGAACUUUUACUAGAGGAGUUAAUCAACCCUGUGUUGGAGUGGGUGGAUAGAUGGGUGUUGAUUAGAGGCCUUGAGCUCGCUCAUCAAAAGAGCGAGGCUGUAAUGUUAACUAGGAGAUGGGCAUAUGCACCCCCGAAUUUAUCGAUAGUGGAAGAGAGACCCAAACAUUCGGUAGUCACCAGAAACCCACCAGGAUGCCAAUCAAGUCGAAGGAUAUCAAGAACGAGCCGGAGAAGCAGUUCAAUUGGCUGCCGAUCUUUAAUGAUUGGAAGGCGAUCGUCUGCUGGCCUACUUGCUUGGACUAGUUGUCAGGAUCCUUCUAGGUUUAUUGAACGUACUGAAUCACAACUCUGUUCUAAUCCAAAAGUAUUUUGGAAAUGUAUAAAGAAAAAUAAAUCAAGCAAUGACAUACCUAAAACAGUUCAUUUUAAUGAUAUAACUAGYUCUAAUGAUAAAGAAGUUUCAGCUUUGUUCGCUAAGAAGUUUAGUUCUGUUUACACUGAACACAGUGUUAAUCAUAACUCAACUAUCCCACAUUUAUUUUAUGAUUUACCUAGUAAUUGCUUUUUUGAGUUAUCUUUGAUUGAAUCAGGUUUAUCUAAAUUGAGUGGUGACAAGUCAAUUGGUCCUGAUGGACUUUCUGGAGAAUUUAUGUAUAUGUUAAAAUCAGUAUUAUCCUACCCUUUGUCACUUUUGUUUCGUAAAUCCUUAGAUGAAAGAAUAUAUCCUGAUAUUUUAAAACUUAGCACUGUAAAACCUAUUUAUAAAUCGGGUGAUAAGUCGAAUGUUGCCAACUAUUGUCCAAUCUCAUUAUUAGGACAUAUAGAUAAAUUAUUUGACUCAUUAGUCUUAAACUCAAUUAGUCCUGCAGUUAAUUCAAUCCUAAUCGAUGAACAACACGGUUUCCGUCCUGGUUGGUCAACUAACACUUGUAACAUUGUCUUUUCUAGUUAUGUAUUUGAURCAUUUAACAAUCGUUCACAGGUUGAUGUUAUAUAUUAUAUGGAUUUUUCCAAAGCUUUUGAUCGAGUUGAUCAUACAUUAMUAAUUGAGGUUUUGCUUAAUUCUGGGUUUGGAGAACCAUUGUUGUCUUGGUUUCAGUCGUAUCUUCGAGAUCGUAAGCAAAUUGUUAAUGUUCAUGGUAGUAAGUCUGUUAUUAUUGAUGCAACUUCUGGUGUUCCUCAAGGAGGUCACYUCUCUCCUUUACUUUUUGCUAUAUUUACUAACAAUAUUAAAAAGAUUAUAAGUCACAGUCAUUUUCUUCWAUUUGCAGAUGAUCUAAAAUUAUUUUWAAAAAUUGAUUCUCUUAAUGACUGUUAUCUACUACAAAAUGAUAUCAACUCAUUAGUAACUUCGGCAAAUGAACAUCGACUUGAACUCAAUUUCUUGAAACGUCACUCAAUGUUGUUUUACAGAACUCGUGAUAGAUUUGAUUAUUCCUACUCGAUCAAUGCUAAUCCUUUAGAGAAAUCUGAAAAUAAAGUUUUGGACCUAGGUAUCACGUUUGACCGAGAGUUAAAUUUCCAUUACCAUUUGGAAAAUCCUGGCAAAUAUGGCCAUAAGCUUUUUGUAGGAGGGAACGUUUGGUCUGAAACACGUGUUGAAUAUGUGCAAGGAUUUGUUGCUAAAACCMRGGUGGUCACCCAUCCAGGAGCUAGCAACACCAGCCGUUUUUGGAGCGAAUACGCUAACGCAGCAUAUAGUCUUAAGAGCGAGCUGCCGGAUUCGGCGUAUUGUUAA